GCCGCGAAAAGAUGAACCUGGCGGACGGUCGCGCGCCGCGAAAAACAGCGGGGAACCGCAUGUCCGGCCUGCUGCAGGCGGAAGAGGAAGAUGAUUUCUACAAGACGACGUACGGCGGGUUCAACGAGGAAUCUGGGGAUGAGGAAUACAACGAGGAUCGCUCCGCGAGUGAGGAUGAAGUCGACUCGGAUUUUGAUAUCGAUGAAGGGGACGAACCGACCAGUGACCACGAGGAGGACGAACCCAAGAAGAAGCGCAGAGUAGUGACAAAAGCUUAUAAGGAGCCGAUUCAACUCCUUAAACCAAAGCCCAAAAAACCAGAGGCUCCGCCCAACACUGCAGCAAAAAGCCGCCCAGAAAAGCCUCAGCCUCAGGAGCCUCCAGAUGACACGGUGGACAGCCGCAAACAAAUGCGCCAGUCCACGACGGAGCACACGCGUCAGACUUUCCUGCGAGUAAAGGAGCGGCAGAUCCAGUCCAAAAAGAAAAAGGGGCCCCACCUGGACCGGCCGCUGACCCAGGAGGAGCUGCUGGAAGAAGCCAAGAUCACAGAGGAGAUCAACAUCCGCUCUCUAGAGAAUUACGAGCGACUGGAAGCUGACAGGAAGAAGCAGGUGCACAAGAAGCGAAGGUGCGCAGGUCCCACUAUCCGCUACCACUCUAUGGUCAUGCCCCUCAUCACUGAGCUCCGCAUGAAGGAAGAGAACGUGGAUGUGGAAGGACUGGAUCAUGAGCAGACGGACCGCACCCACGCCGGGAAAUGUUCCCGCAGUUUUAUCACAUUCAGCGACGACGAAACCUUUGAGCGAUUCUUCCCCCGGAGCAAACGAGGCAAGUUUUCAGUGCGGGACGUUUGCCCCGUCACCCACAAGCCGGCCCUGUACAGAGACCCCAUCACUGACAUCCCCUACUACAACUCCAAAGCCUUCAAAAUCAUCCGGGACGCUUACAAAAAAUACAUCACCACCCACGGACUCCCGAACGCUGCCAUGGCAACCACUAUGGGGCCUUCCGCUGACGCCGCACAACGAAACACGAGGCAGAAAAUCAUCAUCAAGCAGAGUGUGCCCAGCGCUUGAUAUACUGCCCUCUACUGGCCAUUCAACAUCAUUGUUAUAUACAGUGGCCUAUCAGUGAGGUGCCUACCUGUAAAUGGCACCCUAUUUAUCAUGGGAUCAAUCCCUGCCCCCUCCAAUAUCAACACAAACCCUAUAAAAGGACAAGAAAAACAAAACUGAAGCCUCGCUAUUAGUCUGUGUUUCAUUUGCAGGGGAGAUUGAACCCCAAUUGUUUUGUGAGUUAAAUACUCCCGGUACAUUCCCCGGGGAUAGUGUUAUACUGAACUGUGUUGUUUUGUACAUAAAUACAUAUUAUUAGUCCUUUGUUACUGGGAAUUGGGAUCAGUUGUGAAUUUUGUUGUGGCUUUUAUUGCUGAAUUAAAGAAGCGUGUCAAUUUGU